AAGUCAGCGUUGGAUUUGGCGGAUGGCAGGAGCAAAGUCACGCCUCCGUAAGGUCAGAGGAGCCUGCUCCGCUAGUUUCCCUUCCCUUUUAAUAUAAGGCUUAAAGUCUCAAAUAUCUUGCUCGUCGUCAUGGGCUCCGAUGAGGCGUUGAUACUGUGCUCCUUGCUUCUAUUAUCCGCCGUGAGCUACAAUGGCGGCCUAGCAGCUGCAGAAUUGGAGGGGAUUGCUCAUCAUCAGACAGCAGCACUGCUGGAGGUUGAUGCCUCGCCGAGCCUUGCGAGAAAGAUUCCUGAAACUCUCUUUGGACUAUUCUUUGAGGAGAUCAACCAUGCUGGAGCUGGUGGAAUAUGGGCGGAGCUUGUUAGCAACAGAGGUUUUGAAGCUGGAGGCCCCCACACCCCCUCAAACAUAGACCCAUGGAACAUCAUUGGAGACGAAUCUUCCAUAUAUGUGAUGACUGAUCGUGUCUCCCGCUUCACUAGAAAUAUUGUUGCUCUAAGAAUGGAGGUUCUCUGUGACAAGUGUCCAGCUGGUGGUGUUGGCAUUUACAACCCGGGAUUUUGGGGCAUGAACAUAGAAGAUGGAAAGACCUACAAUCUUGUUAUGUAUGUUAAGUCACCGGAAACUGUGGACUUGACAAUUUCACUAGCAAGCUCCGAUGGGCUGCAAAAUCUGGCUUCGGUUACAACAAUAGUUGCUGGCGCGUCGAAUUGGACAAAAAUGGAGCAGAAGUUGAUUGCUAAAGGAACGAAUAGAACCUCAAGGCUUCAAAUAACAACUAGCAAGAAAGUAGUUGUAUGGAUUGAUCAAGUAUCACUCACGCCUGCAGACACGUACAAGGGGCAUGGAUUUCGCACAGAACUUAUAUCCAUGCUUUUGGAUUUGAAACCACGAUUCUUGAGAUUUCCAGGAGGUUGCUUUGUUGAAGGAAAUUGGUUGAGAAAUGCAUUCAGGUGGAAGGAAACUAUUGGCCCAUGGGAAGAGAGACCUGGGCACUAUGGAGAUGUCUGGAAUUAUUGGACCGAUGAUGGCCUGGGAUAUUACGAAUUUCUCCAGCUUGCAGAAGACCUGGGUGCUGCUCCAGUCUGGGUCAUCAAUACUGGGAUUAGCCACAAUGAUGCAGUUGACACCACUACUAUCGCACCUUUUAUAAAGGAUGUGAUUGACAGUCUUGAGUUUGCAAGGGGAAAUGCAGAUUCAACAUGGGGCUCUGUUAGAGCCGCAAUGGGGCACCCUGACCCAUUUCCAGUCAAAUAUGUUGCAAUUGGAAAUGAGAACUGUAAAUUCAAAUUUUACCGAGGAAACUACAUCAUGUUUUACAAUGCUAUACGAGAGGCCUAUUCUGAUAUUCAAAUGAUUUCGAACUGUGACAGCUCAAUUAUUGGGCCACUUGACCAUCCUGCUGAUUUGUAUGAUGUCCAUAUAUAUACUUCUGAUGCUGAGCUUUUUCGCAAGAAGAACACAUUCGACACAAUUUCACGUAUUGGGCCUAAGGCAUUUAUUAGUGAAUAUGCUGUUAUAAAUGAUAGAGAUCCUGGUAAUGCAACCCUUCUUGCUUCACUGGCAGAGGCUGCUUUCCUCAUUGGGUUAGAGAACAAUAGUGAUAUCGUCCAGAUGGCAAGUUAUGCACCAUUAUUUGUAAACGACAACGAUCGCACCUGGCUCCCGGAUGCCAUAGUCUUCAACUCCUGGCAACAGUAUGGAACUCCUAGUUACUGGAUGCAGACAUUCUUCCGUGAAUCAAGUGGUGCUCUGAUUCAUCCAUUCACAAUCGCAUCCAGUUACUCCAAUUUACUGGCAGCAUCCGUGAUUACCUGGCAAAACACUAAGAAUAGCAUCCUGAGAGUGAAGAUUGUAAACUUCGGGCCAGAUGUUGUGAACCUCACGAUAUGUGCAAAUGGACUUCAAGCUGACGUCAAUACAACGGAGUCAAGUCUGACUGUUCUCACAUCCAGCAAUUCGUUGGAUGGAAACUCCUUCGACAACCCAAAUAAGGUGGUGCCGGUCGCCAGCGUGCUGCCCAAUGCAGCAGAACAGAUGCAAGCCGUGGUCAGUCCGUACUCACUGACUUCAUUCGACCUCGCGCUGGAUUGAUUUUUCUGUUUAUGAGACUGCAAGCAUGCUGCAAAUGUUCCUUGGAAUUCUGCUGCAAGCAUCUAUCAGAAUAGUGAAAAUGGUGGCAAUUUGAUUUCUUGUUCCUUUGCUUUCGUAUAAUAAAAGUGAAAUCUAGUUUCUAAAGGUUUAAUCACUACUUAGAAGACCUGAUCACUACCGGUUUCAAACUGAUAUCACUGCCGGAUU